AUGUUUUUAAAGCUAAUGGUUCGUAUAGAAAUCUGUACUAAAGAGGUUUACUUAUCUAUUCCUUCUGGUCUCAAAAACGCAAGCAAUGCGCCUAAAGUCCCCCAACGAAAAUUUGCAAAGCAAGUCCUGCCAGAUUUCAAUGAUAGAGGGUACUGGGAAGUGCGACUCAAAGACUUGGCACAUGAAGCUCUUCAAAAAUUACAAGGGUUUUACUUCGACCAGUCUGCUCUAGGAAAUUACUUCUCAUUUGACUAUACCGACUACUCAACUAAUUUCUACGCACUCAAAUCAGUGUUUCUCGGCGUAGACAUCAAUUUAUUAACUAAACCACUGUUCGACGACUACGCACAAUCACCCGAAGAAACAUUCUCAAACGACUGCUCGUCGAGUGAACAGUCUAUUACCCCUCCCCUCUCAGGUCAAAGGUGUAAGACUUUACCACCAAAUGCCUUUGUUGGGAUUUCACAGAACCUGAUGAGACCAACUUCACCACGAAACACUCCACGUUUCACGACAAAUCAGUCUGUAGUGAUACCAAAGGAUAACCCUAAAGAGCAAAUCAUAGUUAGUGUGAAGAAUGUGAGGAUCUUAUUUAGAAACGAUGUGUGGGUGGAGCGACAGAAUGAAGAACAUGACGGGAGGAUAGUGGUGACCUCAGCUAAGUUCUGUUUUAUCGACUCGAAUGAUGGGCAAUUCAACAUUUUUGUUCCACUGACAAAGAUCGCCGAUCUGAAGAAAGUCAACACAAAGAAGACUGAACAUGUCAGAGUGCUUGAAUUCUCCACUAAAGAAAAUGUCUUUGUCAAAUUUUCAUUUCUAAAGAACAGACAAGGGAGGAAAAGUGUGUGCACUGCUAUCAAUGCAACAACCUUCUCGCCACCAAUAACUAUGAACGUAUUUAAAUUGUUGGACCUCGAGGUGAAGAGAAUUACUUAUUACGACGUCUUAGACGAAUUCAUUCGACUUGGGUUGAAUAAGACGGAUCAGUGGAGAGUGACCCUCAUCAACGACGACUACAAAUUUUGCCCGACAUACCCUCGCGAGUUGAUUGUACCUAAAGAGAUCAGCGAUGAAGUGUUACUGAAAAGUGGGGAGUAUCGAUCCCGACAUCGCAUACCGGUACUUACAUGGGUCCAUGAGAAUGGGGCUUGUGUAGUUCGUUGUUCCCAGCCGAUGCCUGGGAUAGUCGGGAAGAAGAGUGAAGAAGAUAUUUCAGUCUUAGAAAUGAUUGGGAGAUGUGGUCAAGUGACAACAAGUAAGUUGCAUAUAUUAGAUUCACGGCCGAAAGCGAAUGCGGUAGCAAAUAUAGCGAUGGGUGGUGGAUAUGAAGCGGAUGAAGAUUAUCCGUUUAGUGUGAUGGAGUUUGAGAAUAUUGAUAACAUUCAUGUAGUGAGAGAAGGAUGGCAGAAGUUAUGUGUGAUGUGUAUGGGGUUACAUCCACAAGACCAUACGACUACUGUCACGACAUCAAUUGAAGUCCAAAAUUGGUGGAAAGUGCUGACAACCAUAUUUGCUUCAUCUAUUAAGAUGUGUCGAUAUCUUGAGAGUGGGGAGAGUGUAUUAGUUCAUUGUACUGAUGGAUGGGAUCGAACAAGUCAAUGUUGUUCUUUAUGUGAAAUGAUGUUAGACCCGUACUUUAGAACUUUAGACGGGUUCGUCGUCUUAGUCGAAAAAGACUGGAAAAGUUUUGGACAUCGCUUUAUGACUAGAAGUGGUGUGGGGGCUCAUUGCCCACACGGACAAUAUUCCCCAGUCUUCCACCAGUUCAUCGAAUGCGUGUUUAUAUUACUCACUAACUACCCUACCAUGUUCCAGUUCAACGAGGAAUUUUUACUCGAAAUCGAUGACGCAGUGUUCUGUGCUAAUUAUGGAACGUUUUUGUUUGAUUGUAGUAUGGAAAGGGAUCUCAACCGAGUCGAUGAAAGAACUCUUUCUUUAUGGUCGAAUGUCUAUGAAAACAGAGAAAGGUUUUCUAAUCCACAAUACAUCAAAUCCUCUGAUAAAAUGCAUACAUAUGGUCUCCCUAAAUUUGUGCUUUGGGAAAAGUAUUACUUCGCAAACAGAAAAUACUAA